CGGAGCUGAUUGCGCCCCCCUGCUUCCAGUGACGCCUCACCGACUGCGCAUUCCUCUUCUUCGCAAUUCGAGGUGCUAGAACUCUUGGUUCCUGCGGUCUUAUUGCCAGCCUCCCGCGGCACUCCUGGAAUCGAUUCUCGUCUCGUUUGACCGUUUAUUGGGAGGUUCAUUUUUUGAGCUAAUUAAUAUCAUAAGAGGCACAAUGUCGGUCUGUGCGACAGCCUCCGUUGGAUCAUGCAUGGCGAAGGUGAAAGAAGCCAUGUCUCCCUUGCAAUACAUGGGCAAGACGAAAGCUGUUGGAGGGGGUGUUGUAUUGCCACAGCAGUUGAGCUUUGCAUCAGUUGCACUCCGGAAGUGCCGUGUAUCUUCAAUCAAAAUCUUGGGGAGGCCUACAAGGUCACCCGUCAUCAGGGGAGCUACGACGGAAGAUGUGGAAGCAGAGAAGGAGCUCAUUGAAAUGGAUGCCAUGGAGAGGAUGGAGAAAUCUUUGGAGGCUACCAAGGCAUCCUUCAACACUGUGCGGACUGGUCGAGCUACCCCUAGUUUGUUGGAUCGUGUUCAGGUGGAGUAUUAUGGAACCAAUGUCAUACUCAAGAGCAUUGCGCAAAUUACCACUCCAGAUGGCAGCACUAUCCUCAUCACGCCAUUUGACAAGUCAAGUUUAACCUCAAUAGAGAAGUCUCUCGUUAAAUCGGAUAUUGGAAUUACGCCAAACAAUGACGGAAAUGUUAUUCGACUUAAUGUUCCUCAACUAACAGCAGAUAGGAGGAAGGAACUUCUGAAGUUGGUAUCCAAGCUCAGCGAAGAGGGAAAGGUGGCUAUUCGGAAUGUGAGGAGAGAUGCGAUUAAGUCGUAUGAAAAACUUGAGAAGGAGAAAAAGCUUUCAGAGGACAACGUGAAAGACUUAUCUGGUGAUAUUCAGAAAAUGACUGAUGACUACAUUAAGAAGAUCGAUGCACUAUUCAAGCAGAAAGAAAAGGAGCUGCAGACAGUCUGAGUGAUAUGACUCCAAAAUACGGCCUAGGUGUAAUACUUUUUGUAGUCUCUCUGUGAAGUUUGGAUUCAGCUAGCCUGAUGUAGAAAAUGCCUUACUGGUGGUGGCCAGCUAUCCGCUCCAAUGAACCUCAUUUGAACGGCGAUUCCUAAACUAGUGAACCCAGAAGAGUUGUGAGACUAAACGCCAUCUGUUGCCCUUGCAAGGCUUGUAUCUGAAAUGUACUACUCAAUUUUCUUUCAUCAAAUCUUGGUUUCACAGAAAA